CGAUGCAAGCUCUGAGCGUCAUUCUUUCGCUCGUGAUUGUCAAUCUCGACGACCUCUUUGGCGGCGGGAACCUUGAGAAGCACUCAGACUUGGCCUUGGGCUCUCACCUCUACAGCCGAGUCACAACCGCCCAAAGUGCGGCCAUGACAGCUUCAAGAUCGAUGGUGGACCCAUGUCUGACUGCCAGUUGCUCUUGGUCAGAUCGACACAUUGGAUGGCAGCCCUGCGUGCUACAAAUCGACGUUCGUAGCCAAGUCUUGGUCAGCGAGCGGUGAGAUUGAGAUUUGUGAUCCUUGAUUCGCUCGAGUCACGCCUGAUCCACGCUGUCAUCGUCCUGCCAUCAUAGCUCUGGCGAGAGGCUUGAGUUGCUGAAGAUGUACGGCUUCUCCCGCGACUGUUGUGUCUCACCCAUGUCCUCAUGCAAUCUUCAUGCUAAUUGAGUGAUUCUUAUUGGGUCCCUGCAUGGGAAGUGGUCUCACUUGUGAGUAGCCACAGCAUCUUGAAGAUGCGUGUGCGACUCUGACUGUUUGUGAUCGUGCAUAGGUGAUGGUCUGUCAAAGCGCGGGCACUGCAAAACACGGAUUACUCACAGGUCGAAUUCUAAAAUCCCAUGCGCAUUCAUGCACCUUUUAAUCGAGUGCAUUCUGCAAGAGUUCUGCCCAACAUUACCGAACGGUAUUUUAGAAUUUGCACAUGACCAAGUUUUUGAGAGUCUUUCUUGCAUCAAUCUUCAAACAGCUCUCUUGCUUGUCUAUUGAUGCUGGCGAGCUAAUUUUGAUGAUGUGAGACUUCAUCAAGGUAUACACAUGCAAUGCUUGGGUAGAGAUUCAGUUCUGAGAGCGCUUAAGUGCGUGAGGACCCGCGAGGGAAGCUUGGGGCUG